AUGGGUCUCAACAUCUUCGAACGCAUCCAGGCCAAGCUCGAGCUCCUGCGGCUCGAGAAGAGGUACACGCGCCGGCGCAACCGCCGCUCGACGUUUGUGUCCAACGCCAUCUACGUGGACGGCGAAUACAUCUACAACUCGCCUAACACGACGGGCUCGUCCUCCAACACCAGCCGGGCCAACAACUCCCCCGAGAGCGCGCCACCAUCGCCCACACAGUCGCCCGCACCCGCCGACACGCCAUCAAAGGCCCAGAAGCGUCUCAACCGGUGGUCGUCCAUGCCCGGCUUCGGCUCAAACUCCAAGCCGUCCAAUAUGACGCCCCCGCGCCAGGCGUACGACGAGCGGCAGGAAGAUGAGUGGAGGACAGGCCGCCGCAACAGCUUCAGUGACAUGCGGUGA